AUGGCAGACCCAAACCUCUCCUCCCUCCUAAAAUGGUCCGUCGAGCACUCCUCAGCAACCACAAACGACCCAUCGGCCCCUCCCCCCAAAUCCUCCCUCACACCCGAAGCCCUCUCCGCCCUCUUCGGCGGCCCCUCAGACGCAGACCUCAUGGUCGAAUCCAUGACAGCCAUCACCUCGCCCGAGAUCAGUCUUGACAACAAACUCAUCGCCUUCGACAACUUCGAACAACUCAUCGAGAACCUGGAUAACGCGAACAAUUUAAGUCCCCUGGGGUUGUGGACGCCGCUGCUGGCGUGUCUGGGGGACGAGAGUAGUGAGAUGCGCAUGAUGGCGGCGUGGUGUGUGGGCACGGCGGUGCAGAAUAAUGAGAAGAGCCAGGAGAGGUUGUUGGCGAUGGGUGGGGUGCCGGCAUUGGUUAAGGUGGCGGUGGAUGAGGGGGAGGAGAGUCAGACGAGGAGGAAGGCGGUUUAUGCGGUUAGUAGUGCGGUGAGGAAUUUUCAGGCUGCGAUGGAUGUGCUUGUUGAGGAGUUGAAACAGAAGGAGGAGUGGGGGGAGUUGGGGAGUGUGGAUGCGGCGGAUAUGGAUGCUGUUGAUGGGGUUAUUGGGAGGUUGAGGGAAGAGGCGAAGGGGAAGGGGAAGGGGAAGGGGGAGACGUAG